CUGUCAUGUUUUGAGUUUACUUUCAGAUUUUCUUUUUUUAAUAUUCAAUUUUUUUUUUUUUUGCAUCUCAUGUGAUAAUUUAGUUAUCAAUAUUUUGUGUUUGAAAGAUUUCAAUUGCAAAUGUUGCUGAAGCUAAAAAUGAGUUUUCUCAAAGUAAAAGUUGUUCGGAUUUUCUUUCAUUUUGUUUUAUCGUGAUGCUGCAUAGCCAUAGCAUAUGAUUCAUGCACUUGGAUAUUAAAUUAACAAUGAAUAGUUUAAAGUUUCUAAAAUUUAGGACCCUAUUAACCUCUAAAAGUGGCUUUCAGAAAACAAGUUUAAACUCUUUGUUGACUCAGAGAUUCUACUGUUCCAUUCUGAAUAAAAGAAAAAAUUAUACAUUUCGUGCAACAUCUUGCACUGGAAAUAACAUUCUCAAGAACUCAGCUUUUCUUUCUGGUUGUAGUUUUAAAAACUGUGAAGAUAAAGUUCACGAGAAAGAUGAAAAUUCCCAGAAAGCAUUAGAUAAUGAAGAGUUUCAAAAUAUAUUAAAAGACUUUGCAAAGGAUUUUGAAGUUGGUGAUGAGUCACAAACCAUUUUAGAGGACAUUAGAAAAAAUUUAAAUCAAACAGGCGAUAAAUUUUCACAUGAUACAUCAGAAAAAAAUGAUGUGUCCUCUGAAGUGUUACAUUCAUAUCAUUCAGUUUCAAAAGAAAAAUAUACAGAUUUCAAUGAAUCUGACUCGUCUCUCAUCUUUAGUUACGAAGAUUUACAAUCCACAAAACUUGAAAAUGAUCAAAUACUGUACCAUGUUACUCAAGAAUAUGAAUAUGAUUUAAUUGAGCCAAAAUUAAAACGUGGAGUGCAUGGAGUGUUUGAUAUUGAGGAAUUAGUUGAUGUUCUGCGGCAGGAACGGGUUUCAGAUAUUGCUGUGAUUUCAAUCCCGAGAGAGCUCCAUUAUGCAGAUUAUUUAGUUUUAGUAACUUCUAAAUCCCCUCGUCACUCUAAAGCUGUCACAGAAUUAAUUAAUAAACUGACGAGACACCGGGAUUUGUCUGAAAACCGGGACUGUCCCGGUCAAAUCAGGAUGUCUGGCAAGUCUACUGCAAAAUACAAAAAGAAGAAAAAUAUAAAAGAUCCAUUCAUUAUAAUUGAAGGAGAGAAAGUUUCUGAAUGGAAAGCCAUGGAUAUGGGAAAUAUAGUUCUUCAUGUGUUUUUGCAAGAAACUCGAGCUUUAUAUGAUAUUGAAUCGCUAUGGCUGUUUGACUUGAACUAUGAUUCUGGAGGCAAUGUACCAGUAGAUCCAAUGAUUAGUGCAAUUGAAGAACAAAUGGCAUUUUUUGCUUCGUUUGCAGCAUACAGAAACAUCUCCAAAUAAAGAUGGUAGUUAAUAUUUCAAUAGUUAUUAGUGUUCCGAAUUCUGUUAAAAUUGAUUAUGUAAUCUUUAAUAAAGCAUAAUAACAAAGUUUGUGCGAUAAUUUUUAUUAUGUUGUAAUUUUCAAAAUCCUUUUGCUUAGAAAGUCUUCUUUCUUUUUUUAUUGAGCUUAAUUUUCAAUGAGCAUUAUUUAUUUAUAUUUUAAUCUUUAAGUGGAUUUUCAUACCAUGAUUUCUCACAAGAUUCUAUUAUCAGUUUCAGUUGUUGAAACAGAUUAAUUAUUUUAGUAAAUUUCCUGCAAUAACAUUGUUAAUGUGCAGGGUACUUU